AUGAGUUUGGCAAAGAAAAUCGGAUACAAUCCACUAUGGUUCUGUAUAACAGCUGGGUUUUCAGCUUCCUACUGUUUUUUGUUACCUGUCGGCACGCCAGGUAACCUUGUAGCACAGGGUGCUGCAAAAAUCCCUACAAAAAAAAUGAUUAAGGCUGGUGUUGGUCCCACAAUUAGUACAAUUUUAGUAUCUUGGUUUGCCUUCUGCUUCUGGUGCCCUAUAAUGUGGCCAGCUGUUUAUACUUUACCCGAAACGGCUGCAGAGUAA